AUGACGAAUCUUCGAUUGUUCGCCUCUCUCGCGACGGGAAGGCUGUCCUCACGCCGGAUCUGCGGCCAGGUCAUAGGACCGGCAACGCACCAGCUCUCUAAGAACCUCCCUGCUGGUGUCCGCGGAUUUGGCUCCUUUGACAGGUUGCCCACUGGCCAAGUCAAAGGCUUGUCACUUGGCACUGUUAUCUCCCUGGGUUCCUUACCUGUGUUUGCUGGAGGCAUAUGGUACUACCUCAAAACGAAUCCAGAGGGGCCACUGCCAGUUGCUCAGAAGCCCACCGCCGAGGAGGACCCGGAGGAGAGAGCCAUGAAGAAGAGGUUCGAGGAGUGGAUGGUGGUGCACAAACGCAGAUACAAGAACGAGGAGAAGGCACGGCGCUACGAGCUGUUCAAGGGGUGUGUCAAGCGGGUGAACGAGCUCAAUGCCGCGUCACGGCCGGGUGAAGCCCGGUACAAGCCAUACCGAUAUGCUGACUUUACCAAGGAAGAGAGGAGCAAAGUACACGGAAUCGUGGUCGAACCAUCUAUGUUCGACGAGUGGAACGAGGAGAAGAGGCGCAAAACACAAGGGGGUCAUGACGGCGGCGCCGACGAGGACGACUGGGAAGAACAGAUGCGCCUGAUACAAAGGGGUCUUCGCACUGCGGCCCUUAAUGGCAAGGCACAACGCAAAGCACAGCAGUCGUCCUGA